AACACCUCAUCUUUCUCUCUCAACCGUUCUCUCUCAACCGUUCUCACUCUUUCUCUCUCUCUCUCUCUCUCUCUAAACAACAUCCCGCUUUGGACCCUUGAAAUUCCCCCCUUGUUUCUCUCUCCAAAAUCAAAUACUACACUACUCUCACUCACUUCUUUCUCUCUCUAGAAAUGGCGGACUUUCCUCCAAAUUUGGACGAUGGAGAGCUAUGGCUUCCUUCUGAUAUCUUCCCUCUCGAGGAAGUCCCUUCCAAAUUUACCAGACCAUACUACCCCUCCGACCUCGCUCAUCGCUUCGCUGCCUUGGCUUUCCUUGAUCGUCACCGAAACCAAACCCAGCGGUUCGGACCGGUUCGGUACGAUUCGAUGGGUUCUUUGCCGACCGGGUAUCUUGCCAUCGAUGGAGGUUUUGGGGUUGGUAAUGGACUUGGUUUUCAUGGGUUGAACCUGUGGGUGGGUUCUAGGCCGGUUUAUUACCCACAUCAGAUUAUAAACCCUGUUCAACCUCAGGUUGAGAGCUUUAUGGAAACAAGGGCUAGGGUUUUGCUGAGAGAACAGAACCGGCUUUUGCAGAACCGGCUGCUGGAAAACCAGCAGAGAACCGGGCUUGGCAUGCGCGGCGGCGGCGGCGGUUUUGUGAGAGAGUACGGCGGAACUGGUGUGUUUCUUCCACGCGCUGCCGUCUCCGCCACCACCACCACCGCCGCCGAUGGUAGAAGGCGACAGAGUGUGAGAAACAAAAAGGAGACUAAAGUCAUUCCUCAUGGGAAUCCAAUGAAAAUGGAUGUUGUGGGGAAGCAAGAAGAGUGCCAUUAUCAUCUUCCUCCUGAUAUGGGCUUGCCUCAGGAUUGGACCUAUUGAGCUUCUCUUGCCAUAACCAAUGUAAAGGUUUCAACUUUGUGGCAUUCAAUGAUAAUGAAAUAAAAGGGUUCAAGAAGAACUAGAAGUUUGUUUGAGAAAGUAGUAGGCAAUAUAGGUGUGUUUUGCUUUAGCCAAGCUAUGUUUGUAGAAAUGAAUAAAGGGUUUGGAAGCUUUUUGUGGGUAGUUUAGACUUCAAAACUUGUUUGUAAUAUCAUCAUCAAUAGAAUAAUCAAAUCUUUUUGAAAGACCCUUUUUGACUGCUUUUUCAUUGGUAGGCUAGUAUUAUUUAUGCAAAAUGU